AUGCUGCAUUUCAUUUUUAGAUCAUUAUUAUUAUUAUUAUUAUUUUCAUGAUUUCCUGCCUCAGUUUUGACCUAGAUUUCUAGGGCUUUAAUUUGUUAUAGUUUUUGGAGAAAAUUAGCCAUGAAUUUGAAUAUUUUGAUGCGAUUCUGUGUGUUUUCGGCAUCAAUUUAGCCCUAGGUUUUGUAGGGUGCAUUCGUGUUGAGAUUUUGUGGGACUGGAUUUUCUAGGGUUCUUUUUUCCACGGUUUUCUGCAACCAUCGUGCUCUAGAAUCUAGAUUGUAAUGUUUAUUCUUUUAUGAUCUUUCUUGAUAAGUGGGGUCUAGAUCUUUAGCGUUUGUUCUUGUAUGACCUUCUACCGUGUUUGUUUGUUGUUUUCUUAUAGGCUGCAUUUGUUUUCUUGAGAUUUCUCGAAUCAGUUAUACCCUAGAUGUUUAAGGCUUAUUCUUCGGGGAAAUAAGUGUUUUUUUUUAUCUGCAACAAUUUUUUCAUGGGUUUUUAUUUAUUAGGAAUUCUAUUGGGCCCUAGGAUUUCUUUUCCCCAGCUUUGCAUGGAUUGUAAAUGAUGAUUUUUUUGUAUUCUGCAAUACUAUUAAUCUAGAAUUCUAGAUCUAUAGUUCUUCUCUUUUGGGAAAUUUUCAUAAUUGUGGGAUUUCCUUAGCCCUGAUUUUGCAACGGUUAGUAUCUAGAAAUGGUGGCAAUUGAUUAUUCUUGCAGAUUGUGUUGAAAUUGGGGUUCAUGAACUUGUUUUGCGUCAUGCAUAAAAAUUUUGGGUGACUUAUGGUUUAUUUUACCAAGGGCUAUAAGGAUUAAGUUGUCUCUUUUCUUUACCUAAUUGACUAUGUUUCUUCCAAAUCUGUAUUUCUGCUAUACUUCUGUUCUGCCUUAUCACUGCGUCCUUUGAUUUUGAAAUCGAGAAAACCAUGUUCUUGAGAUUCAGUGGAGGAGCUUUUUAUAAUUUUCUGCUUGGUUACUCAAGAUUAGUUUGAUGAGCAGAUCAAAAUGGGAUUCUGUUAUGUUAUAUUCAUAGCUGUAAAGAGUUUUUUUUUUUUGGGUGUGUAUUUUACCUUAUGUCUAUAAAUUUAUUUUUGUCCUUGAGGUAUUGCUCUAUCCGGGCCCUAAAGUGAGUUCCAACAUACUUGCCAAAAAAAGUGAGUUCCAACACUUUCUACCGUUGUCUUGAUGCAUUUUCAGUGAAAGAGCCUUGUAUUGAGGUUAAUUUUGUGACUGGUCUACAUGGUUUAGUCUAGAGCAAAUGAUAAUGUAGUUUUGAUAUGCUUUCUUAUAGCUUUAUAAAGAGGGUUUUAUUUUUAUUUUUGCUUUUUGCUUUAUAAUAUGGUUAAUUUUGAGUCAAUGAUCUAAGGUUUGAAAAAUUUCACCAUGGAUCCUUCGAAUCUAAGUGAUAAUUGUUGUUUUAACUUGGUGUAGGACUUUAGAUACUUUCUCAAUAACAUAUAGAACUUUUACAAUUGAAGAAAGGUAAUUGUGGCGAUAACUUUGUGUUUCUUUGGUCGAUAAAUUAUGUUCAUUGGAUAACCUGUAUGUAUUGCGGUCCUGCCAUUGUUUUACCUUUGAUCGCAAAGACCAAUUAUCUAACUAAUUGUUCUCUUGAGCUCUGAUUUUAGCUCUUUUUAAGUUUGUAAUGGCUAUCUUAUUGCAUGUUUGAUUAUAUGCUUUAGAAAUCAUGAGUUUCUAAUUCUUAGGUACAUUUCAUAUUCCAUGCCAUUUUUAAGAAGUUCAACCCAUUUGAUUUUUACCUCUGUGUUUCUCUUUAAGCCUGGCAAAUGCUCGACUCGAGUUCAUCCUAUCAGGGCCUGUUUGGAUGGCAUAUGAGUCACCAUUAGCAUGGGCCCUUUCCUAGAUAUUUGGGCGGCUUGUUUAUAUACAUUAAAUUGGGGGAUGUUGUACAUUAGACCUGACAUACCGGGGAUGCCAUUGGGGAAAAAAGCUAUGUAAACUUGUUUUUCCUACUUCCUCAGUUAGGUGGCUUGAUCUGCGGACUUAUAUGCUGCAUCCAUACUGGCUCCUAGGCUUUUGGGGUUGCAUUCUGAUUUGGCUUUCUGUUUACCAGCGAGCAGGUUUAAAGAUGGACAAUGGAACCAGUAGUUUCGGUGAUGAAUCAAUGAGACACUACACCAAACCACCUCAAAGCCCUUCUUGCUCAGGCAACAUUGGGGGCGAUGCAGGUAAUUUUGAAUGCAACAUAUGCUUCGAGCUAGCCCAAGAUCCAAUUGUGACACUAUGUGGCCAUCUCUUUUGCUGGCCUUGCCUCUACAAAUGGCUCCACAACCAUUCUCAGUGUCAAGAUUGUCCUGUUUGUAAGGCUCUCAUCCAAGAAGAGAAGCUAGUUCCUUUAUAUGGUCGAGGUAAAAACCAAACUGAUCCUAGGUCAAGAUCGAUACUUGGCACGAACAUCCCUAAUCGACCGGCAGGCCAAAGGCCUGAAACAGCACCACCUCCAGACCCAAACCACAUGGCCCAUCAAACUUUUGGGUUCAUGGGUGGUGCUCCAAUGGCUGCUUCGAGAUUUGGGCACUUCACUUUCUCAGCUGGUUUUGGGCUGUUUCCUGCUCUCUUUGGAUUUCAAAUGCAUGGAUUUCCUGAUGCAACUGCUUAUGGGGCCGCUCCUGGCUUCCCUUAUGGGUUUUCUAACCCAUUUCAUGGGGGCCAUGUCCAUGGCCAUGCCCAUGGUUUUCCUCAUCCUCCAACUCAGGCUCAACAACAAGAGGCCAUGCUUUCGAAGUAUCUGUUAGUGAUUGGAUUGUUCGUGAUCAUCUGUUUCGCUUUUCUUUAAGGGAAUUGGUGGCUUGAAACUGGGUUUCUUAGGGAGAAAGCUAGCUAUUUUCUUUCUUAAAAUGUCAUAGAAAGAUGGGCUUCUUAGAUGUUUUGUAAAAUUUAGUGAACAUUCAAACUUUGGGUUUGUCGCAUAAGAAGUUGUGCAUGAUUGGUCUUGGAACUAGUUUCUAUGGUCGAUUUAGAACAGUGAACGAUCCAUUGUAUGUUUAUAAUUUCACAUUACAAGCAUGUACUGAUAAAUAUAACAGAUUGUAAUUGCCAUGAGAGCUGCACGGUUUUUAUGUAUAAAUCAUUAUCUUCGUUUA